GUCAGAGACUGCAGACAUGAUACAGGAGAUGGUCAGAGACUACGGACAUGAUACAGGAGAUGGAGAUGGUCAGAGACUGCGGACAGGGUACAGGAGAUGGUCAGAGACUGCGGACAGGGUACAGGAGAUGGUCAGAGACUGCAGACAGGAUACAGGAGAUGGUCAGAGACUGCGGGCAUGAUACAGGAGAUGGUCAGAGACUGCGGACAGGGUACAGGAGAUGGUCAGAGACUGCGGACAGGGUACAGGAGAUGGUCAGAGACUGCGGGCAUGAUACAGGAGAUGGUCAGAGACUACGGACAAGAUACAGGAGAUGGUCAGUAGCUGCGGACAGGAUACAGGAGAUGGUCAGAGACAGCGGACAGAGUACA